AUGCACCUCCUUUCCCUAGACUCCCACACAACCCUCCUCAUCGACCUCCGCUACACAAUUCACUGGUUCUCCCCCUCCGGCAGCGGCCGCUUGCACUCGCAACCAUUCCCCGCCUUAACCUUCGCAGCCAGCAUUGUCACCGACGCCGGUCCUGAACCCUUCCUCCGCUCCCUCGACCGCGCUUGCCUAGAACGCAUCCGCGCCGUAACACGAUACACGCCCUACCGCUUUGGCCCAGGCAUGCCGACGGGGGAAGCAAAGUGUGAGAGAGUACCAGGGCAGCUUCCUCCGCCGGUGAGGGUUGAAGCGAGGAGAGGCUUUGUUUGGAAUGGGGUUGAUGAUGAGAUGGACUUGGGGAGGGAAAAGAUUGCAAGGGGAACGGAGACGAGAGGGGUUGUGUCAAUUGCUGGGUUGAGCACCGCUGAGUUGGAGGAGCAUCUGGAGAUGAUGAGGAAGAGGGGGUACCGGGAUUGGGUGAGAGUUGAGAUGGCAGUUGAGAUUGAGCCGGGGGAUGAGUUGUACGGCAAGAGAGCAAGCUUGGACUGGAGGUUGGGCGGUGCGAAAUGGCCGGAGUGGGAUGGGCAAGUUGGCCAAGGAGAGGCUCGGGAUUGA